AUGAAGAUUCUGUUUUUAAUAUUAUUCACGUCUGCUACACGCGCAACAACAGAUGUCGAAAAGUUUUUGAGUCCUAAUGCAGUUAUGCGCCAACUCUUUGAAAUAUUCAGAAAUGCUAUAAAAAAUGGAAGCAAAGAAAACAACGUGCCUGUUUUGGACCCUUUCGUGAAUUUACAAAAUGAAUUUAAUAUAGAUCACCCGAAUAUGAGGUUGUUCGCCAAUUUAACUAAUAGUGUUUAUAGUGGAUUGGGAGAUUUUCAGCUAAAAAAAAUAUUUUUUUUAAAGGAAGAACUCGCAGUAGAUUUAACAUUACUUUUCCCAAAAUUAAUUAUGGAGUCAGAUAACUAUCAAAUGAAAGGAUAUAUUUUUGGCCUGCCUCUUUUUGGUCAGGGUAGACUAAGGUUUGAGGUAAAAGACUUAGAAAUAAAGAGUAAAAUUCAUUUAACACUAUCUGAAAAUGGAAUAGCGACGUUGAUUGAGAAGUUUGAAAAUCCACAGUUCAGCGUUCGAAAAAUACUUUCGAACACGGAAUUUGAUGAAAACAUUGACUGUAUAAUUAACAAGAUCGUAAAGGACGUCCUAGCAACAUAUAUAACUCGAUUCAACAAAUAUAUUAUACACACAUAUUCUGAAACUAUUAAACAUUUUAUAAAUGUGUUUCUCGAUAGAUUUGACACUUGGAGAAUUAUAUCGUCUUUACUAUAA